AUGUACAAGACAGAUUCUAGUGGUGAUUUACAAAUAGAACAUGAUUCAAAUGAAACACAGUUUAGACCAACAUUUAAUGGUGAUAUACAGAAUAGACAACCACAGUAUACAGGUAGAAAGGAUUCCCUACAAUAUCAGGAUGUAAUGAGGAGAUUAGUCAGUAGAUUGAUACAUCAAUAUAAAAAACAAGCCAGACAAGAUGGAGUUAAUGAAGAUGAUUUAUUAGAAAUUAAACAAGAUAUUUCUAGUCUCAGGUAUGAAUUGAGAGAAGAUCGGAAGAAAGAACAUGCUUUAUUGACAGGAAAUAUGGAUUCUUUGAGGAAAGACCCGUUUGGUUCCUUUCAGUUUAUAUCUCCAGGAGCCAGUCCAAGAAUACCACACAGUAGAUCUAGUCCAAACACCAGUUCCAAAUAUUGUGGACAAUUUUCAAAACAUGAACUGGACUAUCUAAAACAUGAAAUUGUUAAAAGUAUGAAGUCUGAAUUACGUGAAACUGUUUAUGGUUGUUUUUCAAAUUUUACCAAUCAGCAAGCCAUGUCUAAUCUGGGACCUCUAGAUUCCGAGCUCUACCAGACACAUCUUUAUACAUCUCUUUGA